CCCCGAUCCUGGCUGGGGGAGGCAGAAAGUGGGGUUGGCACCUGCCAGGAGAGUGUCUUGGGGGGGCUCCGUGGGGCUGGUCCCUCUGUGCUGCCGGGGUUCGGGGCCACAAGCUGCGCUGACCUGCCCCUCGUCUCUCCCCCAGGCUGUUCCUCCAAGUCGUUCAAGCUGUACUCGCCAAAGGAGCCCCCCAACGGCAACGCCUUCCCCCCCUUCCACCCAGGCACCAUGCUGGAUCGAGAUGUGGGUCCCACACCCAUGUACCCGCCGACGUACCUGGAGCCUGGCAUCGGCAGCUGCCGAUGCCUCCUCAGCUCCUGCCCCCUGUGCUGGCUGGGGGGGCAGCACCAUACAUCCGCCUGGGCACCUCGGGGUCUGGGCACGCCCCUGGUGCUGGUGUCCAAUUUGCAGGGGGGCAGGCAGGGCCGUCCUGCCCCCACACAGCCCCUUCGGCCCCAGGGACAGAGCCCUGAGCCCCACGGGAGGCACACGCCGUACGGGAACCAGACCGACUACCGGAUAUUUGAGCUCAACAAGCGACUGCAGAACUGGACAGAGGAGUGCGACAACCUGUGGUGGGACGCUUUCACCACCGAGUUUUUCGAGGACGAUGCCAUGCUCACAAUCACCUUCUGCCUGGAGGAUGGACCAAAGAGAUACACAAUCGGCCGGACGCUGAUCCCCCGCUACUUCCGCAGCAUCUUCGAGGGGGGCGCCACGGAGCUGUACUAUGUGCUGAAACACCCCAAGGAAUCCUUCCACAACAACUUCGUGUCCCUCGACUGUGACCAGUGCACCAUGGUGACCCAGCACGGCAAGCCCAUGUUCACCCAGGUGUGCGUGGAGGGGCGGCUCUACCUGGAGUUCAUGUUCGACGACAUGAUGAGGAUAAAGACGUGGCACUUCAGCAUCCGGCAGCACCGGGAACUCAUCCCCCGCAGCAUCCUCGCCAUGCACGCGCAGGACCCCCAGAUGCUGGACCAGCUGUCCAAGAACAUCACGCGCUGCGGGCUCUCCAACUCCACCCUCAACUACCUCCGACUCUGCGUGAUCCUCGAGCCCAUGCAGGAGCUGAUGUCGCGGCACAAGACCUACAGCCUCAGCCCACGCGACUGCCUCAAGACCUGUCUCUUCCAGAAGUGGCAGCGGAUGGUGGCACCGCCUGCCGAGCCGGCGCGGCAGCAGCCCAGCAAGCGCCGGAAACGGAAGAUGUCGGGGGGCAGCACCAUGAGCUCGGGCGGGGGCAACACCAACAACAGCAACAGCAAGAAGAAGAGCCCGGCCAGCACCUUCGCCCUCUCCAGUCAGGUACCUGAUGUGAUGGUGGUGGGCGAGCCGACGCUGAUGGGCGGGGAGUUCGGGGACGAGGACGAGCGGCUCAUCACGCGGCUGGAGAACACGCAGUUCGACGCGGCCAACGGCAUCGACGACGAGGACAGCUUCAACAACUCGCCCGCCCUGGGCGCCAACAGCCCCUGGAACAGCAAGCCGCCCUCCAGCCAGGAGAGCAAGGCGGAGAGCCCCACCUCGCAGGCGUCCCAGUAACGGCCCGGCCCGGCCCGGCGCCCGCGGACUGAGUCCCAACCGAUCUACCUGUACGUUUGCAAAGGAGAG